UAGUGGUAGUGGUCGUGGUUUCUGGUUGUAGUAGUUGGACAGUGAUCUUCAAACUGCUAGACUUUUCGUUUAGUUAUUGCAUGAAUUAUUAUUGAAAUGUGUUUUUAAUUCAAAAGUAUUAAUCUAGAAAAAAUGUCAAAUCAAUCUAAAGAUAUUGGAAUAAAAGUAGAGGAUGCAGAACAGUGCAUUGAUGAUUCAUUUGUAUGGCAGGAUUACCUGGACGCUACAAACUCCAGAGAAGCUCCACAAAUUCUCUUCCCUCAUGUUGAGCAGAGUUUGCAAAGUGGCUUUCAAGAAGGCAUGAAAGUUGAAGUGCCACUCAAAGAUGACCCGGAAAACUAUUGGGUGGCUACCAUUAUUACUGCAUGUGGACCUUUGCUCAGUCUGCGCUACGUGGGCGACGUGGGAGACCGUAGCAGGGACUUCUGGUGCGACAUGACCAAAGUGCAGCUGCGACCCCUCGGCUGGGCCGAGAUUCACGGAAGGCCUCUCAAGCCUCCCGCACAUCUCAAGUUGGCCAUUACGCAACGGGACCUCGACAGCAUCCUCAAAUGCGCAAACACAUUCUCCAUUGAACUUAUCAACUCGGAUGGAUUCACACCGGUCGACCGCAUCAAGGGAGGAAUGAAGGUGGAAGUGCAAGACGAGGUGCAUCCUUACCACGUCUGGGUAGCCACUGUGAUUGAGAAUGUUGGCGGAAGACUGCUGCUGAGGUAUGACUGUCCUGACAAAUCGAAUCCUGGUGAUUUUUGGCUAUUCUACUCAUCGCCGAGGAUUUUUGUCAUUAAUUGGGCCCAAAGUAGAGGUAAUUCAUCUCUAUAUUUUUUAAAGUACUAUCAAAGUGGCCACGACAAAGACAUCAAACACGACUUCAAGGAAGGAAUGAAGCUGGAAGCUGUGAAUCCGUUGAACAGGUGUGAAAUCCACCCGGCCACGAUUGUGGAAGUUUUUGAUGAGCACUUCUUUCUGGUCGAAAUUGACGAACAGAUGAGGUGUUUCGAGGAGAAGUCAACUGACCGUUUCAACAGACUUACGUGGCUGGCCACGAUAUCGCAUCCCUACAUUCUACCUUGUGGCUGGGCCAAAAAGAACAGUCUGGAAAUCACGCUGCCUACAGGGUGGGACGAAAACAACGACGAGGAAGACUUCAACUGGGACAAGUACCUGGCGAAAACCAAUUCGACAGCGGCCGAGUUCACACGAGUCUCCUCCACAAUCAAACCCCCCGACGAAUGCUUCGAGGUUGACACAAAACUGGAGGCAGUGGACCCCGAGAACCACAACCACAUCUGUGUGGCGACCAUAACCACCAUCAUCGACGACCUUCUCUGGAUCACAUUGGACUCGAAACCGAAUUCUGCGAAAGUAAUCUACCACACAGUCUCCCACGAUUUGUUCCCUGUAGCCUGGUGCGAUUCCAACAAUUUCCCGCUCAAAUAUCCGUUGAACUUUAGUUGUAGUCAAACGUCGGUUCCCAAGUCGCAAGGUAGCGAUGACGGCAGUAUGACUUCCUCCAAAUACAACAAUAAAAUGCUUGCCGCUGUUGAAAGCAAGGGCAGUUGUUGGUGUCCUGAGAUAUUCUUCAACCACAAGUGUUUUUCGGGUCCGUUUUUGAGUAAGGGAAAACUGGCUCAACUGCCCAAAUCCGUUGGACCCGGUCCUGUCACUUUAGUUAUGAAGGAAGUGUUGUCGAUGUUGAUAUCGAUCGCCUACAUUUCGAGUCGAGUUUUGAGGGAGCUGCAGUGCAAAUCGAAACCUAAACCCGGCAUGCAUCUGGAGGUGUUGAAAGCCAAAUACAAAUCCAACGCGUAUAGAGCUAAUGUGGAGAUAAUUACCAGCGCAGACAAAAUCGACGAGUUUUGCAGGGAGAUUUGUCACAAACUACAAGUGUGUCCGUACUUGUUUGGGAAAGUGUCAGUGGGGGAGAAAUCCUGCCCGGAAAAGUGUAACACUCUAUCGAAAACUAGGUUCCUCGCCAAGAUGAGGAAUAACAGUAACAAUAACGAGUUUUCCCCGAGAUUGGUGAAGGAAAAUCUGUAUGACAAGGGUAACGUAACGCGGAAAAAACGCACGCUGGAAAGAGACUACUUGUCCGGGUUUGGCCAGAUGGGAAACAACAGUGAAACGCUCACUGAGAAACGCACACGCUAUGAAACGAGGGGGGUGAAGUUGCCGAAUUUCGGGCUCAAAAAGCAGGGAUUUGUUGGUGGCGGUGGUUAUAAGAAAGAAUCUUCAGCUAGUGAGACGUCUAGUAUAGCGAGUCUACCAAGCGAGCUCAUAACUAACAAAUCGUCGAAGAAAUCGAAAUCCUCCAAAGGGACGGACGAUUAUGAGACGAAUAUCGACCUUCCCCCACCCCUGCGCUUGGAUUCCAACCCCCUCCAGUGGACGGUGGAAGAUGUGUACGACUAUCUGAAAGGAACGGACGACUGUGAUGUGUUGGCAAACCUGUUAAAAGAGGAGGAGUUUGAUGGGAAGUCGUUUAUGUUGCUGAACCUGCCGUCGUGUCUGGAAAGCCUCAAGUUGAACUUUGACACGGCCAUCAGUCUGUGUCGUCACAUCGAGGAAGUCAAGUACACCUUCUUUUGUAGAGAGAUUUACAGGCGCAGAGUGGUGAAGAAACCUGCCCGACACCCCUCCCCUGAGACUGAAGUGAAAAAGAAAGUGGGCAACAAAUGGUCGGAAGAGAGAAAGAAGAAGUUCAGCGACAAGAUGAAAAUAUCGUGGAUGAACCGAAAACGACUUCGGGAAUAGAGGCAAUCGUAAAUCUGUAUAUUUUUCUGGUUUAGACCUACAAUCAUUGUUAGUUUAGACCUACAGUGUUAGUGUUAUUUUUGGUAUGUAUGUAAUGCUCACAGAUUCAAGUUAACCUAUCUACAAAAUAUUAAAAACGAUAAUACGAUUCACUUCAAGGCUCAACUCACACUUACGCGACUCAGGUCGAGAAGAGACUCGACUCUAGUCGAGAGCGUGUGUUUUCAAAUGUGACGUCGCGGAGACUAGAAUCGACUGGUCUGAGUGUCACCAUUUGGAAACACAAACUCUCGACUAGAGUCGAGUCUCUUCUCGACCUGAGUCGAGUAAGAGUGAAUUGAGCCCAAUUGUUACCAUUUCUUAUAAAUAGCAUCAUUGUAUGCUUUCCAUUCAUCCAAUGUUGACAAUUUGAAAUGAAUAUCACUUUAGAAAUUAUACUAAUCUAUAGUAAGAUUUUCUUCAAACUGUCCCUUGAAUUAUUGGAAGCUUUGAUGUUAUUUAUAAGGUAUACUAACAGUUUAAAGUAUAUCAUUAUAGAAGUAAGCAUAAUAUGUCUAUCUGUCAGAAUAAUUGGACUUGGCUAGUUGACACUUUUUGUUGAUGAUAUAUUGGUGUGCUUGUGCUCAAAUACUAUUUAUCAAGACAUCAGUAACGUUUCUCAUAUUUUGACACUUUUGAAUUCUAUUCGAAAUGAGAGUAUGUACAGACCUAAUGUUCUGUAGCAAUUGAAUUCAUUUCGAUAAGAAUGAAAAACCAAUUAUUUCAUACAUGCAGCAUUUUACCUUUAUUGUUGAAUUAUAUUUCCUUAUUGAUAGUUUUUGAACUUCAAGUAUUACAAUUCUAUCAAUCACUUUAUUAGGUGCCGUAUUAUUUGUUACAUUAUCAUAGUAAAUAUUUUUAGUAAUAUCCUGAUAUAUUAAUUUCUAAUAUCUGUUCAAUAAUUUAACUAUAUAUUAUGUAAGUUUUAACUUUUGGGGUAGUUUUUGUUGGACAGUUUAUUACUAUCAUUUAUUAAAACAUUAAUCCAAUGCAUGCUCCAUGGGGAAAUUUGGGGAUAUCCUGAUAUUCAGUAUAAGAAUCACUUAGAGCCGGUUUCCGAGCUCGGGAUUUAGCUAAGUUCUAGACUUUAAACAGCUGAAGUCAGAAAAUUCGCUUCCCAAAACGGGGCGUAGUCGCAGUUUUCAUAACAGUAGUCGCAGUUU